AUGCCUAAGAGGCAUGAUGGGCGGCAGCCGCCCCCAGACCGUUCGGUGGCAGCCAGUGAGGCGGCUGGCGAGGUUGAGGCGGCCGGCAUGGCGGCUGUCAGCGGCGGCGGGUGCGGCUUUGUGCUGGUCGCGGGCGGGCUGGGCGAGCGGCUGGGCUACUCGGGGAUCAAGGUGCAGCUCCCGUCGCAGCUGACCACCGGCACCACCUACCUCGAGCUCUACAUCCGCCACAUCCUCGCGCUGCAAGGGAGCGGCGCGCCACUGCCGCUCGCAAUCAUGACCUCGGGGGACACCGACGCGCAGACCCGCGCGCUGCUGGACGCAAACGCAAACUUCGGCAUGAGGGCGGGGCAGGACAUUGGCUGGAGGCUGAGCGGCCAGAAGGGCAGCCUGGCCGAGGGGGUGGUUGCGGCGCGCCACUUCAACGAGGUGCAGAUCUCGGGCGACCUUGUCAUCAAGACGGCCGCCACCUCGGUGCUGCGUGGCGAGAUGUUCUUCUACAGCCGCAUGCCGGCGCGCGCCGCCUCCGCCGACAUCGCCGACCUCUUCCCCCGCCUCCUCUCCUCGUCGGACGACAAGGACAAGGAGGGGCGACCCCACUCGACGUCGCGCAACGGGACGCCGCCCGUCCUGAGCGCGCCGCCAAACCGCGUGAGCGGCGUCACCUUUUCGCACCUCGUCACGUCGCGCUGCCUCACGCCCGGCCGACUCCGGCUGCUCCUCUCUGCGCUGAGGCGGCUGCACUCCUCCGAGGGCGACCCGGCCUCGCUCCUGCCCGAGGCGGAGGUCGACCUGGGCGCGAACUACCUGCCCAAGCUCCGCAAGCGCUACUCGACCCACGAGUCGCUCUACACGCGCUACUCGACCCACGAGUCGCUCUACACGUCGCUCUGCCCGACGGCGCCGCAGAUGCACGCCAAGAUCUGCUCGGAGCUGGAGCUCUACAUGGCGACGAGGCGGUUCCGCCACGCGCGCGUCAUCCACGGCGACCCCGUCUUCUCGAACGUGCUGCUCACCGACGCGCCCUCCGUCUUCCUGCUCGACAUGCGCGGCGAGGUCGGCAGCACGCUCACGCUGCAGGGCGACAUGCUGUACGACCUGUCCAAGGUGUACCAGUCGCUGCUCGGCUACGACUUCAUCAUCCUCAACCAGCCGCUCAACGAGCGAGACGCCGAGAUCCUCGAGGAGCUGCGCGGCGAGUUCGCCGCCUUUGUCGCCGCGGAGUACGCCGACGAGGGCGUCGAGAUGCACGACGUCGUCAAGCUGACCGCGUCGCACUGCCUCCAGAAGGUCUCCUUCUUCUACGAGGGGGUAGACAUGACUAUCAUCCUCCCCGAAGGCGUCGCCCCCGGGGAGCGGCUGCCGCCAACCAGGGAAGAGCAGAUUGUCGCAUUGCAGGCACAGAUAAAGGCGUUGCAGUCCUCGCCGGACACCUCGCCUUCGGUUGCCAACAUGCCUCCGGGAGGCGGGCUUGGCGGAGGCGGGCUUGGCGGAGGCGGGCUCGGCGGGCUUGGCGGAGGCGGGCUCCGCGGGCUCGGCGGGCUCCGCGGGCUCGGCGGGCUCCGCGGGCUCGGCGGAGACGAUUCGACUUACUCGACGCAGGGGGAUGAGCCGCUGAUCGCCCCUUUCUCGACCUUUGUCCCACGCGCCAAGACUAAGAAUGUCGGCUGGACUCCGGAAGAGGACCAGAUCAUCAGAGAGAACUAUGAGGCGUACACCGUCGAUGGCAGGGGCGCCAAGGCAAUCGCCGAGGCGCUGCGCGGCAACGGGGUGCUGAACACGCUCAACCUCCACGGCAACAAUAUUGGCCCGAAGGGUGCCGUCGCGUUCGCCUCCGCUCUUCGCGGCAACGCGGUGCUGGAAACCCUCAACCUCCGCGGCAACGACAUUGACUCGGACGGCGCAGCAGCGAUCGCCGAGGCGCUACAGGGCAACAGGGUGCUGACCAAUCUCGAUUUGUCCAGCAACCACAUCGGCGGGACCGGCUGGAUCAAGGCGAGCGAGGUCGAGGGCGAGUCCAAGGAGGUCGGGGCUAAGGUGAGCUACAAAGGUGCCGAGAUGGUUGUGAGCCGGGGGGUGGAUUCCGACGGCGACCUGCAGCUGGUCCAUGUAGUGCAGACGUGCGCACUCGCGAUUGCCAAGGCCCUCGAGGUCAACGCGGUGCUGAAAACCCUCGACCUCCACGAAAACGAGAUCGGCGACAAGGGCGCGAAGGCGAUCUGCGGCGCUCUCGCAGUCAACGGGGUGCUGACCACCCUCAACCUCGCCUACAACAACAUCCGCGCCGAGGGCGCCACCGCAAUCGCCGAGGCAUUGCGCGGCAACGUGGUGCUGAAAUCCCUCAAUCUCGAGCAAAAAAGGCGAAAUGCCUCAACCUCGCGCUGGAUUUUUGUGCCAGAGAGCGACGUCUUUCUAGAUGCGGUGAACGGGCGGGAAGGGUUUGGGGUAGGGAUGUGA